AUGCGGUCGCCCGUUGCUCUUGCCAGGCGCUCGCAGGCCUUGCGCGCCACAGACUUCUCCAAUAUAUGCUGGACUUGCCUCCUCGCUCAGCGCCGACAGCUCUCCAAUACCUCGCCCGCGCGGGCGAGGGCGAGGCCACGCGCAGUACGAUACCAUUUAACUAACGCGCCUCCGAAGCUACGCAUCGAGGCAGGAGAAGUGCCGCCGGCCACCAAGCGACCUUCCCAAAAGCCGGCAACGAGCCUUCAUCCAACAAUCAAAGAUUACCACAAAGACGAAGAGCGAUUGCUGGCCCAGCUGCUUGACCAGCACCGUUGCCAGGCACGCAGACAGCAAGAUGCAAUUGACCGCAUUGCUCACUUGAGCCCCGGAAACGCGCCGGCGUCUAAGCGGUCCUUUCACACAUCGAGCAGACUCAGACAAGAAGCCGCCGCCAGAUCUGUGCCCACCCCACAAGACCUCGCCGCUAUAAUUCCCGACAAACCCGCCACACUUACCACAAGGCAGUACCUGCAGCAAUGGCAGGAGCGGUACGGCUCACCGAACCAAGAACUGCUCGACGAACUGGGCAUCGAGGCGUACGGGAGCCGCUCAGAGAACCUUGCUCGACUAGAUACCCCUAGCGACCUCCGGGACGUCGAAGUGCGGGACGAAGAUGCAGAGAAUCGCGGCACCGCUGCGUUCCUCGACCCCGCAGAUACGGUAGACGAGGAAGUCGGUGACCGAGCGCUGCAAACCGGCGACCUCGUCGAAAUAAGCUUCGUUGGCGAACGUGAACCCUUGAUUGCCGUCUUCAUUGCACAGUAUGGCACACAAGGGCAGUUCUACAGCAUGCAGGGCCAGUGGUUCCACCGCAAGCUCAGACAGGUCCAGUUCGCUGUGCCCAAAUUCAUCGAUAGAGACCUUCUCCAGCCCAUCAUCCCCUACCUGCCGAAAGGUGAGGUUACGGAGGAACUUUUGGAUACCAUGCAGACUUUGGACGUCAAUGCCCCUCGUGAAAUAGCUGCACCGGUAUUGAACAAGCUCAAGGAGUUCGCUGAAGAAGCAGACAUUGCCUACCGCCAAAAUGCUUCGAUCUUGGAUCAGGCUCACGAGAAACUCGCUCAUCCGACCGACCUCCGAUUCGGCACUCUGCACAGGAUCGCCAAUACCCUCCUCAAAGCCGAGGAGAAAGUUUCAAUUACGACAAAGUACGCCGUUCGAAAGGCUCUCCUCCGGCAGCCCCUCGGCUUCAAUACCGACAACCGCAGUCAUCGCCUGACUGGUGUAUAUCAAAUCCUGCCUAUCCAGUUCAAAAAGCAGAUCCAGUUAGCUGUAGAGUGGGUUCGCUCGUUCCAGGACCACUUGGCCUGUCGUGCGGCCCAGGAGAAAGAUGGCUCAGGAGCAGAGGUCGGCAAAUCGCACGAAGCAGCGGAGCUCAAGAAACAGGAUAAAGAGCCUGACGGAGCUGCGAAGGUCUGGAUGUUCGUACUCAAAUGCCAGAAGCUCAUAGACCUGAGCCGCACAAUGCGCGACUUCACUCCACAUGGUCGCGUCGGCAUCAGCAAGACCCACUACGAGAUCAAUGAGUCCACAACCGCCAUGCAGGAUUUCUACGAUGUUCAGUUCGACAAGGCCGAUGCCGUCCUCAUUCGAUUCAUCGAAGCAUGGUCCAUCUCGGCGCUGUUUCACCACAAUACCCGCCUGGGCGCCCUUCCACCAAUCAUUCUGCGGGCACUGGGCAGAUAUCCAGAACAAGAGUUGGACUUCGUCACCGGGUACACGUUUCUCCAAGAAAUAGGCGUGAUUCCCCCUCAUGAGAACAGGACUAAAUACGAUCCUCAUCUCCUGCUGCCGACAGCUUCGCACUCAAGGCAGUUAGAGGAUAUGUACACUAGGAUAGUAAAAAUGGGGUCUACGCGGGAACGCCUGAAGCUCCAUGAUGCGAUGGAGGGCCACCGGACUGAUUGGGGCAGCUUGCCGAUGUUCUGCGUCGACUCGGCCAGCGCCGAAGAGAUCGACGACGGCGUCUCCGUAGAGCGCAUCCCCGGUUCUUCGGACUGUUGGGUCCAUGUCCACAUUGCCAACCCAACUGCUUUCCUUCCCAAGGAACACUUGAUAUCAAAGAUGGCCGCUCACCUGACCGAGAGCAUCUACAUGCCUGAACGAACUUACUCAAUGUUGCCCAAGUGGAUAGCCGACGAACGUCUCAGCCUGGACAAUGACCGCCCGUGUUUGACAAUCAGCACCAGGCUCGAUGAACAAGGAAAGGUUGUGGAUAACAAAAUCCAGUCGGGGUUCAUCCGGAACUACGUUCCCCUCACUCCUCAAACACUGCAUUUCGUGGUGGACGAACGUGCCGCAAGAGCUGCUGAGGCGAACCCCGAUAAGAUAUAUGUCGUUGGCGGAAAGGUGCCAUCGCUGCCGCAGCGGAAGAUGACGGAAGUUGACGAGUUGACUGAGGAUCAAAAGGCAGACCUUCGUCUGCUCCACAAGCUGGCACUGGCCCGUCAGGAACGCAGAACCGAAGCCGGCGGUAUCUUCUGGAACCAGAACUAUCCUGAGAUGAGCGUCUACCAUCACCACGAGCACGCCGGCCUUCCAUGGUCUCACCCGUCUCGCGAAAUAGCCCGUUUCACCAAGGGAGACCCAGUUAUUCAGAUGGUGGCGACACCGACGGAGUCGUGGUUCCAGCCGGCAGGGACGGGCUCGGACCUAAUGGUCCGCGAGAUGAUGCUUCUCGCGGGUGAGACAGGCGCGCUGUGGUGCCGGCAACGCCGUAUCCCUUCCAUCUACCGCGGCACCGUUGCGCGACCGGGGAUGAUGCCGAUCGACGAGUAUCGGGAAAAGUACAUCCUGCCCACGCUGGACGAGCGCGGUAACCCACCGGCCAAGAUCGCCUUCAACUACCUCCCGCACGCCGGCUCGUCCGUCACGUCGCUGCGGCCGAUAGCGCACCAGGUGCUGGGUGUCCAGCAGUACGUGAAGCUCACGUCGCCGCUGCGCCGCUACGGCGACAUGAUCAUGCACUGGCAGAUCGAGUCGGCGCUCCGCCAGGAGGCCGAGCUCGGCAAGAGCCUGGCCAGCCCCGAGAUGAUGGAGAGGCGCAGGCGCAGGGUCGCCUUCAGCCCCGACGAGAUCAGCGUCAUCAUGGCGCGGCUGGCCCCGCGCGAGCGCCUCAUCUCCAAGACGAAGCGCGCGUCGCAAGGGUUCUGGCUGACGCAGCUCUUCUUCCGCGCCUUCUACUACGGCGAGGCCUCCAUCCCCGACACGUUCGAGGUCGUCGUCUUCUCGCCCGCCACCGACCUCGGCCGCGUCUCCGUCCUCUGGCAGGACCUCAGCUUCGAUCUCGACAUGGAACUGCCCCAGGACCAGACCCCCGAGAUCGGCGACCGCUGGGAGGUCAGGAUCUCCGAGAUCGACACGUACAACCGUCGUGUCAAAACGGUGCCGCUGCGCUUGAUCAGCAGGGAGGUCCUUCCCGAUUGGGUUGGCGAUUUGGAGAGGUGA